UCUGAAGGUGAGUGUGACACCCGAGAGAGCGAAUCUGUGGCAAUGAAUUACAAGCCAUCCCCACUGCAGAUGAAAAUAGAUGGAAAAGAAUCUGUGGAGUUCUUAAACUGCAAAUGUCUAUCAAGGCUGUGUCAUUAAUUAUAUUCAAGACAGACCAAUUCUUUAUCGAGAAGCAGCGAGAGCUAGCCAGGAAGGGGUCUCUGAAGAAUGGCACUGUUGGAAGCCCUGUCAAUCAACAGCCGAAAAAGAACAACGUGAUGGCAAGAACAAGGUUGGUUGUACCAAACAAAGGAUAUUCAUCACUAGAUCAAAGCCCAGAUGAAAAACCUUUGGUUGCUUUGGAUACUGACAGUGAUGAUGACUUUGAUAUGUCAAGAUACUCUUCAUCAGGUUAUUCUUCAGCUGAGCAGAUUAAUCAAGACUUGAAUAUCCAGCUCCUGAAAGAUGGCUAUCGGUUAGAUGAAAUUCCAGAUGAUGAAGAUUUGGAUCUUAUUCCCCCAAAAUCAGUAAACCCCACCUGCAUGUGUUGCCAGGCCACCUCCACUACUUGCAAUGUUCAAUAAUGUGAUUGACGCUUUCCACUGUAAUUGUAAAACUAACAGCCAUUGCUUCCUCCUAUGGUAGGACAUGCACUUUGUGUCCGUGUUUUGAAAAAAAGCAGACCAUCAUUGUGGCAUUCAUAAGUGAGUGUGAAUGCAGUGUUGAAUUUAUGUGCGAUAGAAGGUGACAAUUAAUCCUACUGCUUUGCAGUGGUUGUAUUGUGUAAUCCUGAUAUUUUUUCCCCCACCCAUCUGCUUCUGGGGGUGGGGCAGAGGGAAGAGACAAAAUAGAACACUACUUCAGGCAUGAUUCAAAGAUCAGUCAUGAGCUGAAAGCAAAGCAUCUGCCAGUUCUUUUGUUUACUAAUACUUGGCUGUUUAUAUUUGAAGUAUACUAGUUUAUGUUGAUGUAUAUGUUUACCAUUGCAUUUGGAGCCAAUGAUAUUUAACCUAAAAGUUGCUAAGUUUUUUUUAAACAUUGUCUCAUUAAUUUAUAUCAUUUCUUUUUAUGUUAGAAGUUUCUAACUUUACAUUAACAUUCAGAAUUUAAUAACACUGCUAUAGAAUUUUGUUAAAGAUUUUACACAUCUGUCCAAACUCUGCAAUGGGUGUAAUCCGAGUACACUUUGUUAUAGUGUACAGUUACUUGUGUAAGCAAGUUUUAGACCAUUAUUGUAAACAUUAGAUUUAAGAUUAUCUUCCCCUUGAAUGUAUUAUGAUUUGAAAAGGGAGAUUUAUUUCAUUUCUAUAUGGUGGGCUCUUCCUUUCAGAGAAAAGAAACAUUAAAACAAGAUGCAUAUAAGACAUCUUUGUAGUAUUGUUUUGGAGAGGUGAAUUUUUUUGUGAUCUAUUUGUUUGGAAGGAAAGGGGUAUUGUUUGUAACUCUCCUUAAAGGUAACUAAUAUUGCUACCUUGGUUAAAGGAAUGUAGAAGAGUUGGCAAGAUAAAAACUGUAAUGUUCAAAUGAACAGUUUAUUGUAAGUUUACUAUAUAAAUAUUAGAAAUGGGCAGAAAUGCAAAUCUGGGUGUUGUAUGGGCAGCACAAGUAAAAUGAAGCUGAGUUUUUAGUGUCCUGCACAUGAAAUAAUUAACAAAAUUAUAGGGAUUAUUAUAGUUUUAAUUUGGCAUCAUUUAUAAAUGGUUUUAUUAUAUCUUAAUAUUUAGCGAGGUAUAACUCCAGGAAAUUUGUUUGAGGUCUAUGUUCCAUCAUUCUCAAUGAUGCAUUUCAUUUUUAAUUGGUAAAAAAAUCAAUACAUGCACUUGGCCAAUUAAGUUCUAAUCAAUGUAAAGUACAUGCUAGUUGAGUAGGUGAUGUGUUGUUUUAAAUGUGUUGUCACUAGAGGUCCUCAUUAAGCAGGGACUGGGUUAGGGGUCCUGGGAAACUUCUUGGCUGUUGGGCACAUUUACUUGAUUGAAAAAGAUUUCUGCAGAUGCCUAUUUUACAAUCUCUGUUUCAUUUCUUGCCCACCUCUCUAAGACGAAGCACUGAACCCAUCAAAUAGCCAAUCCAAUUGUUAGAAAAAUCCAAAUAUCAAUUAUUGAGAUAAGAUUUAAAUCUGCUCCUUCAGCUGUGACCUAAUUCUUCCAUCACAACAAUUAGAUGAUCAUUUUAAACAAAAAACAUAAUGGAUGAAAAUUCCUAAUUCUAAAAAGCUACAUAUCACAUUUCAAAGUGCAAAUAUUUUAAUCAAGAUUAUAAAUAUUUGAGCAGGAAAUCUAACCUAUAUAAUAUUUACCGCGUGUCUAAAUAAUGUAUUGUCUGUCCCAAAAGCUCGUUAUUGUUGACAAUUUUAGUUAAUGUAUUUAUGUACAUUAUAUUUAUAAAAAAAACUAAGCAGUAAUAUGUUAUCCAUGUGGCACUUGUAUUGAGUUAGACCAAAACUUAAAUGAUUAAUACUACUUCAUUCCUCACCCUGCUUAGGUGGAUACAUGUAUGAGAAGGAAUUUGAAGUUUAUGAUGACACUAGAAUGAACAAUUUUUUUGGCGUUUUGAAUGAAACAUUUUGUUAAAAAUCACACGACACCAGGUUAUAGGCCAACAGGUUUGUUUGAAACCACUAGCUUUCAGAGGUCUGCUCCUUCCUCGGGUGUAGUGUAGAGAGGAGGUAUACCGACACAGAAUUCUACCUCCUCUUCCACACUACAUCUGAGGAAGAGCAGAGCUCCGAAAGCUGGUGUUUUCAAAUAAACCUGUUAGAUUAUAACCUGGUGUCAUGUGAUUUUUGGCUUUGUCCACUCCAGCACUGGCACCUCCACAUCAUAAACUUUUUGUGGUAUGAGACUCAAUUAAAAUUAAGCAGUAGUUAAAGGAGUCAACAGCAUGCUCAAGGUGUUGCCACUCAAUGCAUCAUGAAUCCCAAGCAGAAGUUAUUAGUGAUCUCUCUUCCCCCACCCCACUUCAGAACCUUUCUGAGAACUUAAUUAUUGCUGAUUGGUGUUUCAGUACCACAAUGUUGUAUUGUAUAUGUUCUGGUAUGCACGUGUCCUGCGCUAACACUCCAUGCAAACAAAGUGACUUGUCCGAAUAACUUGGUCUUUGCCUUCAGGUUAAUGCUGCUGUUUGUUAAAGCUUCCAGUUAACAAAAUACCCUAUUCCGAUAGAUGUGAUCUUGUUGCACUAUGAUCAUUUUAAUACAAUGAUGCUCACCAUGUGUAGGAUUUUGUCUUGUCUUGUGAUCUUGCAAUAUCAAAAAAUAUUUGAGGUGCAAAUUGCCCAUUUGCCAGACCUUACUUGGACUGGUUCAAGUUAACAUUUCUUCUAGAAAUUCUGUUGCAUUUAAAAAAUAAAACCAAAAUAUUGUAAAUCCGGAAGAAAACACACAUUUCUGAAGAUGAUAUGCAAGUUUUUAAAACCUGAAUAAAAAAAUUGUAGUAUUGAAGGUGGAAUUUGGCCUAUUGCCUGGUAAGAGAUUUUCAAAGCACAAAAUCUAUUUCCUUGCCCUUUAUCUACUUCUUAUUUACUCCUUCACAAAUAUUUAUUCAAUUACUUUGAACCUUUAAGUCUCAAUCUCAUUAGUUAGCUGCAGUGAAGCACUUCAUAUUCAAUAGCUGCCUUCAUGAAAAUAAUUAUUCUGAUUAUCCCCACCAUUCCUCUUAUGGUAAUCUGUAGAUUAUGCCAAUUAAAGUAACCCCUCCAUUAGCUCUCAGAUGGAGCUGUUCAGGUAAUCAAAUUUCUCUUCUUAUGUUCUGUGCUUUCCCACAGUUUCUUGUACAAAUAUUUAUUGUCCCAAAUAUCUUAUUCAUAAAAAUAAAUUAACUGCUGCACCCUCUGCAUUAUAGCUAACUUUUAUCCAUGCCGCCUCACCAUCUUGAUAACCAUAUUUCUCAGAAAACUUUUAAUACUAAAAUCCUCUAAUAAUUCCCUUACCUUUUUAUUGUAGUAUUCAAAUAUUUUUACAUUUAAUUCCUGUAAUAAAUCUUCAAACAAUAGCCAAUCAUCAAAUCAUGGUCUUACUAUUGCCAGUUUUCCUCAUCUUUGCUUUACUUAAAUAACAUGAAUCCCCGUUGUGUUAGCAGAAGGCUUAUCUAAUCCAGUCAUCAUUGAGACACAAUUUCUUCUAGCUAAACACUGGAGAGACUAAAACCGUUGUCUUUGACCCUGUCGCUAAUCCACACACUUAACUCUGAUUCCACCGCCUUUCUAGAUAAGGUUCCAAGCCAAAUCAGCAUUUUUCUAACAAUGGCUAGUUUGGAUCUUUGUGCCCAAGAUAGAUAGUACACUUUUGGAAAUUUCUCAGCUCACCACAGUUGCUUCGGGGGAAACUCACUGAAUUGCUUAUGUUUUAAGCCAUCCAGACCUCACCUAUCCAAUUCACAUGUCCCAUCUGUGCCAACUCAUGUCCUCCACCUACCCUCAAAUGACCUCUCAUGCCUGUAAUGCCAUCUUAAUACCAAUUAAUGCUAACCCACCCACUGCCCUUGAUACUGUCAAACUCCAUGCAAACUUACCCAAUGUCCACCAUGACCACUACUCAAGACCCAUGUUCCAAAAAAAGUCUAAAUAUCUAUUGCAGCUCCCCAUAUAAUAAGAAAAUCUCCCAUUCAUGAAAGUCCAUUCAUAAUGUUUGCAUCCUUUCAAGUGCUAAUCCUUUACAAACACAAACAAACUCCGUUCCAUACUCCAAUAUGAUAAUCCUUUAUUAACUACUUUGUGUUUUCAUUAAACUGAAGUUAGCUCAAGUUCCCCCGUUGAGAUUAUUAUAGAUUCUUGGGAAGUAGUCCAGCUUUAAUAAAGAGCCCUGAGGGUAAUGUCAACAAUAUCUGUUCUAACUGCUGGAACAGAGUUUAUUUUUUUCACCUUUCACUGACACAGGAAAGCUAUUUGUUUUAUUGUUAAAGGACUGGGGAUUUAAAUAGCUUCACUGCUUGAAAAUUUCUAGAGACCUUCUCUCCCCUUCAAGAGCAUUUCUGUUCAAUCUAAAAAUUCAUAACUCCAUACUGUCGGUUAAGACCUUUGCUAUGGUCAUAAUGGGGUCUGUUUGAAGUUGGAACUGAGUUAAGAUGACCCUGCUGAAUUCAGCUUUCCCUUGUGUCGAUUAUGUCCCACCCUCUUUCCCCUUCUAGCAAAAGUAGGAUCCGUCAGAAAUUGAGGUCGGGCGUUCAAGACCUGUCAGCCAGGUUUUAAGAUAAAUUCCGCUUCCCCUACCCUAUUGAACUUCAAGCUGAACAUCUGACCCCUUGUACUCCAUCACAAAAAAAUGUCUGGUUACAUCUUCAUAACAUCACCCUCCCUAUCCAACCACUUCAGCCCAUCUACCAGUGAAACUCUCAUGACUUUAUUGCAGCCAACCUUGACCAUUACAAUAGUUUUCACUUUGUAAAAAUUUCAACUCAACCAAAUCUUAGCUAUCAAUAACCUAUAAUCAAGACUAGGAACAAGAAUAUGUCAUUUGGCUCUUCGAGUCUACUCUUCCAUUCGAUAUGAUCAUGGCUAAUUCUAGUUAUCUACAGUUUCCCAUCUCUCCUAUGGUUGCUGGCCUAACUUGAUCAUGCAGUGCAUCCAAUUUUAAAUUCUCUUCCUUAUCUUUAAUCCUGCAUUAGCCUAGCUCCUCCCAUUUUUUAAAACCUCUGUUAGCUGUACAAACACAAAGUCUCUUCCAUUUGUGCCUAUGCAUUUUGCCCCUUUCCCUUUUGACACCACUACUGGGGUCACUAUCUAUAGCUGCCUAGGCCAAUAAGCUGGAAUUUUAUUCUUAACCACCUCUAUUUCACCAUUUUCCUCUCCUCUAAGAUCUCCAUAAAGUCCAACUUUUUGACCAAGCCUGUGGUCAAAAUAUCUCCUGUCACUUGCUAUCAUUUUUAAUCUUUCUCUGAAGCACCUUGGGAGCGCUGUUUUCUGAAAUUUAAUGCAUUAUAUAAGUGCAAACCAUAAUUGUUUAGUUCAAACUUAAAAUUGACUCCUUGUCUUUAUAUUCAGUUUCCAAAUGUGUAAUAUCCAAAAUUCUGGUUGUGCUGUUAAUAAUGUUUUAUGCAUUUCCACACUUAAAGUAUUUUGUAUUCAUACACCUAAAUCUUGCUCAUUCAAAAUUCUAUUAUCAGUAUUUCUGUUUUCUAAAAAUGUAUUGCUUAACAUUACUCAAUGUUGAGUUGUAGCUGGCAUCCACACCAUUUUAUUGUGUUUUCUAAAUCUCUUGCUUUUAUUGUUGCAUCAUUUAUUAUCUAAGUUUUGAUGGCAAUACAUUGCACAAUUAUAGGUUUAGGACAUGGACCCUUAAACUGAAAAUUAGACAAAAAGGAUUGAAAGAAACUAUUUACUUUCUGGCCACUGAUUUUUCUUUAUGUAAAUGAAUUACCAAUAUUGUAAUAUUCAAGUCAUUAACAUAUUCAAUUCAAAUUCACAAUUGAAAAAGAAAUAUGUGUGUAAACUCUGAAGCUUUAAGUGCUUGGAUAUCUGGGCACAUUAUCUAGAUUCUUCUUUAUGUGAGAAAGAUGGAAGCAUGCAUUAAAAUAAAAGCAAAAUAUUUUCAGGGUACUGAGGAGGGAGAUUUGGAGCUGUCAUAGGUUUAUUUUAAUGGAUAUUGGAGUCAGAUUGCUGUUUCAUAGUAUAAUGUUUGUGAUCCUCUUGCAAUACGACAUCAAUGUCAAAACAAAAGUAUACCACAGUGAAACAAGUACAUUAAAUAUUUAAGCACUAUUUAAUAUUUUUAAUCUAUGACUGUAUUACAGAUGUCAAUGAUUUGUUAUAGACAGCAUAUUUAAAUUAUUGUGCCAUAAGUUGUUUACAAAUAUAAGAUGAAGUAAUAUCAAAUUUCAGAUGACCUCCGCAAUAAAUUUUCAGUCUAAUGAUUGUCAAUGCCCAACAAUGUACGAGAAUCUGAAAGAGAAUAAGUUUUCUGUUUCAGGUAAAGAUCCUUCAAGUGCCAAUAAUCUACAGUCGAAAUAUUGUGUUAUCAUUUUCUGUUCAGGCAUUGAUGGAUGUUUUGUACAUUGUCCGGAUCUUUUGUUUUUAUUUCACAUUUUCAACAUUUGCAGUUUUCUUUUGAUUAUCUAUCCCUCAUCCAUUGAGCAGUCAUUAUCAUGUUGAGAAUGAUCAUUUAAAAAGUCCAAUAUGAAAAAAUACUUUCGCACCAAAAUGUGAAAGUUGUCCGGACAGACUGUUUUAACUCUUCCAUGAAACUAAAAAUGACUGUGAUUACUAUAUUUUAAACAAAACAAAUAAGGCCAGAUUUAAAAGUGUUAACAGUUUUUUUUAUUUUGCAGUGUGCUUCAGCUUAGAAUCUUGGACUGCAAUUGUCUAUGCAAACUGACCUGAGAUUUUAGCUUCAGCAUUUGUGAAUUUUUUUUUACUUUUGUAUUAACUCAUGUAAUACAGAAAAUAUUCAAUUUAAUGUAAUUAUUUAGACAUUGAGCUGAAUGUUUGUGAAGAAUUAUUGCAAUUUGCAUUGAGAAAGAUCUCAGGAUUCUUUAUUGUACAAUUAGCUCUGAUCCUGAAUUUUCGAUUAAUUUUAAUAUUUUAUCCUCAAGAAUUAGCUACCCAAGUACAUGAUUUUACUUGAAAGCUUGUUUUCUGUGUUGGAGGGUGAUCCCAUUGGUUCCUUGCUUCCUCCUCUUAGCUAUCCAACCAUGACUUGGACACAUGUCUAGCUUGAAAAAAGGGGAGGGGAUUAAAUUUGAACCCAGUGGUGAUUGUUACAUUCAAUGUAUUUUACAUGAUUGAGCACUCCUGGUUCUGUACUUUCUUUUAAGGGUGUUUUGUGAUUAAGCAUCACAAGUGGAAGCUAUGAAUCCCACAUAUGGUGGCCAUUGUCUGUUUACAUUUGCUUCAAAAACUCUGUUUAGAGGAAGACUACUUAGUUUGUUUCCCAAGCUUUUUGAAAACUCAUCUAUCUUUUGCAUUGAUUUGAUUUGCAAGUAGAUGAUGCCUUAAA